GUGCGGCGUGUAGGUAUACAUACACCAGAACUUUACCGCAUAGCCAGUGCGUGAUGUGCUUUAGACAAAAAAUUAAAGCAACCGUUCAACCGGAAUAACGAUACAGUCAAUAAUUAACAGUAAUAUAACAAUAAUAAUAGUAAUAAUACAUGACAUGAUUUCCACAUAAAGUCCUAGGUAUAUAUGCAUGUACGUUCAUUCCUGGUCCGAGCACUUGCAGGUCUGUUGCAUACUGCAUAGGUAAAUAUCUGCUAGCUGUUAUUAUCGUUAACGCCAUGACGGCCGACCGAAGUCGCCAAAUGACCGUCGCCCGCUACAGGCCGACCAACCUUUCGCCGUUGCAGGGGUUGUUCCUACAAGUGGUGGUCGCCUGCUUAUUGCAAUACUCUACGGCCACUGAAGAAAACGGUUUUUCGAAAUCGGUCGUCCUAAACAAAAGAGUCGGCGAAUUCGCCAUGUUCCACUGCCAGCCGAACCCACCUGAAGAGGUCACCAAAGUGCAAUGGACCAAAGACGGUGAAAUUGUUUUUGGAUGGUUUGGCGAAUUACCGACAAUCGAUGAAAGAUAUGAUGGACGGUUAAUCGUAGUGGAAAGUACCAAGUACACAGGUUCUUCCGUCAAUGUAACCAACCUGCGAGAGUCUGAUACCGGUUUAUACGAGUGCAAUCUUGUGUUACCAAUAAAAGGUGAAAUACUUUCUUUCGUCAAUCACACCGAAGAGUUCUCAAACAAUUCUCGGUUCCAGUUAUACGUCGAAGGUGGAGAUAUUAUGAGUAUUCCGCCAAUUAAUCAGACUCGAAUGGAACACGAUUCUGUCCAUUUCACUUGCGUUAAAGAAGAUCCCGAGUCCAUAGUCCAAUGGUAUAAAGACGGCAUACCUUUGGCAGACUUGCCCUACUUGAAAAGCAGAUUUCACAUAGCUCCUGAAGGUUCUCUGGACAUUUACGAUGCACAGCUAAAAGAUAAUGGAUUGUACUCUUGUCGCAUAGCCUCGGGCAAAGGAACUCUGUUGGCCGGCGCUUAUCUCAACGUCCAGUAUAAAGCGAAAAUAGUUUAUGCACCGGCCAAAGUGUUUUUGGCGUACAGUAAGCCAGGCAACCUGGACUGUCAUUUCCAUUCCAAUCCGCCACUAACAAAGAUCAGAUGGGAGAAAGACGGUUUUCUUUUCGACACGUACAACGUACAUGGGGUUUACCACGAACUAAACGGAUCUCUUUAUUUCAACAGCGUUGGAGAAGAACACGAAGGUACAUACACCUGCACGCCAUUCAAUGAUUUGGGAACCGAAGGUCCGUCUACUCCGAUGGAAGUCAUCGUUCAAAGACCCCCAAAAUUUGUGAUUGUCCCUAAAGUAUUGUACUUUCGUAAAGUUGGUGACAACGUGACUAUGCCUUGUGCGGCCGAAAAUCUACACAGAGAUCCGGCAAUCGUUUGGCAAAAGGAAAAUGGCAAAAGUCUGUUCAAUCCUCGUGUGAGUUUACAUGGUGGCAAUCUGACUCUGAUCGACCUGAGGUACGAAGACAGAGGAAUCUACAGGUGUGUGGCGUCGAACAUAGCGGCCACAAUUUCAGUAGAAACCGAACUCAUAGUCGAAGAAAGCCUAAUGCGACACAAGCAAUUCGAUUUACUGGUAAAUUCCACCGACAAAAACAUGGUCGCCUAUUGGAAACAACCGUACUCGGACUGUACUGUGUGGAGCAGAGAGCUAAAUUCGCCAAAUUGGAUUAUAGCGGCGACUUCGAAUGACGGUAAAGCGAUUUUGUCAAGGCUCAACAUUUCUAAGGAAUACGAAAUUAUGGUAUCCUGUCAAAACGAUAACAGAGAAUCUUUAUUUAGCAAGUCUACCGUCAUAAGACCAACAGCAGGGCCAGAGGAUUGGAUGCCGCAAAUAUAUAAAACGGAGAUCACCAAAGAUCCAUUUACUGUUUGGGUGAAUCGUAUACAAGGCGAUAACGACAGUUACAAUAUAUCGUGGACCACUCCGUCGGUAGAUAACCUUCAGGUUAAGCACUACGAUAUCAAAUGGUAUGAUGCGAAUGACAGCCAAGAAAUUGGUUCAGCGACGACGAAAAAUAACAGACAUUAUAUAGUUGUGAACCUGGCAGACGGCAUGGUAUACAAUAUCCACGUAUUAGCCACUAUGGUGAAUGGUCAACGAUUGUCCAGUGAAAAACUGAUUUACAGAACUUCAGCAGCAGCCAAAGCUAGCAUGCGUUCGAACACGGUCAACUAAGGUAAGCAAGACCGCAGAUCGACUAAAUUUUCGGACGGUAUUCAAAUUUUUAUUGUACAACAUAUUAUUAGCUUCGAUGCGGAGCUGAGAAGGUAACUAAUCUUACAAUGCUGUUUUUUAAAAUUUUCUACCUAUUUAUAUUCCGGACCCAACAUUACUUUUCAACCACUUAAUGUAGCAAAUCUUAAGAUUAGACAUUGUAAUAAAAUGUGUAUUCCAUUAGAUCAAAAGUUGAAAAUACUUAAAUUUUCCUUUCAAAAUAAAAAUUAAUUAAUUUAUAAAUAAAAACAGUUUUUUGUAACAAUUGGUUUAACUUAAGUUUUAUUUUACUUUUAUUUUGUUAUGUAAUUUUUGUUGAAUACUGUAAGUGAAAGUAUUAUGUGUCAAAGGUCAUAAGAAGGGCUAUUGUAUUCUUUGACAAACUACCCCCUCCCAAAUGUGUUCUAAAAUAUGUUCUUUUUCUAUAUUAAGUAUAACAUUUUUUCUUAAGAAAAAUAUAUUAAGGAAACUUACAAUAAUCACCGAGCUUGUAUAUCUUGACUCCAGCUGUAUUUUGUUAUUCAUUA